UCUGGAGCGUACUGAAGCAGAGGUAGGUAUAGUAGAACUGAUAGAGUGGGAACGGAACGAGUGCAGGGCCGCGAGCACAAGCACGAGAUCAAGGAAGGGAACUGAUGGGAGGUCGGUGCGGGAGAGCGCCGAGUGGGAGCCAUGGCGGUUGUGAGCCCAUAGCCAGUCUCACGCCAACCCCUCUCCUCUGCUUCUUCUGGGUCUCUUCGUCUCCCCCUAUACUUCUUCAUGCCUCUCAGCUCUUAGUCCUCCUUGCCAUGAUCCUGCUUGAUGGACUCGACAAGCAAGACGGCCAGCCCUCGUCCAAGCUCGUGGCUGAGGCUUCUCCCUCGGUCAUCCCUGUAGCGCGCGUCCACACCCCCACCCCCUCCCUCCCCGACUAUGAAGCAUCUCAGGCGCAGCUCAGGCCAACAACGGAAUCUUACUCGGAGAUCAAGAAGAAGCGUACCCGCAGGCGGAAAUGCAAGAGAAUAACAAUCAUCGUACUCGCCGCUUACUUUGUCCUCACCACGGUGAUUGGCAUCCCUAUCAUUGUCGUCAAGGCAAAGCAGAAGCUAAAGGUCAAGUCAAAUCCGUACACUUCAUGGGGAGCAGACACCACGCCAGUACCACCCAAGUCCGUCCAAUUAGGUCACACACCUUUGCGGAUAUCGGCAGCCAAGUCAUGCAACACCUGGAAUGUAAAGGAUAGGCCAGACGGUCCGCUUUUCAUGUCGCAGUUGGAGUAUCACAUUCCAGUCAAUGCAUCCGUAUUCCUCAGCACCAACAUCACAUACGCCAAUAACGCGACGUAUCUUGACCACUUCACGGGCUCAUUGCUCGUGGCAGUCAAUGACGACGUCUCUGUAUCUGACGGGGUGGUGUAUGUGACGAUGCAUCAUACAAACAAGGGCGUGGGGAAUGCGACCAACGUCUGCCUCAUGGAGACAAAUAGUGGUAACGGGGUCUACAUUUUUGCUCCCACUAACCUCGACACAUCCGACGCGUUAAAUCUCAAUGUCACCCUCCUCCUUCCUCAGAACGGCACAUCUCCCCGCAACAUCGAAUCCCUCAUGUGCCAUCUACCACACUUCCAACAUACGUACCAGCAGCUCGAUCCCAAGAUCACAUUCAACAAUGUAGUUUUGGGUGGAGCCUUGUCCGGCGUCUAUGUCGAGUCGCUACAGGCGAAUUCAGCAACAGUGAAGGCGUCUGCGGCGGAAGUGCGAGGCUGGUUCAAAGUCUCCUCCCAGCUAUCGCUGGAGACAGUCUCUGCCCCAAUCAAUGCUGAAGUUGACCUGUUUAACGAUGGAGGAGCGCCUACAUUCAUGACUGUCACCACUGGUAACAGCCCUCUCAACGUGAAUGUCACUUUACAUGCUCCUCCGCCUGCAAAUUAUUCGUCUGCCGAUGCCGAUGACGAUGACGAUGACGAUGACGACGACGAUGAUCCACCACCACCUCCUCCUGGUCCCCAAUUCGUGACCUAUGCGGAGACGUUCAACGCACCUCUAAAUGUUGCUGUCGUGCAUGCCUCUGACUCUCCUGUAGCGAACAUGAGGUUGCGAGCGGUGAACAACAUCGGGACCGCUAGCGUUUCGCUCGACUCGAGAUACGAGGGCACAUUCGACGUGAAUACGAUGUUUGCGCAAGCAAAUGUUCUUACAUGGGACGGCACCGAGUUCGACAACAACUACGACUCCGACAGCGACGAUGAUGAUGACGGCGAUCCUGACGCGGACAUCUCUAGUGGGGACUCCGCAUCCGCGACUGCCACGUCAACAUCAGCUUCUGCAGCAUCGAGCAGCGCCAGCGCCGUCACCCAGGAUCUGGCUGCAGAAGGGAAGGUUCGAAUAUACCUUCCACCAUCAUCGACGUCGUCCGGGACGGCCCAGUCAUCCGGAAGGUGUCUCGAGUACGACCUCAUCUCGCCGUCGGAGAUCAGUGGAUGGGUCGGCAUCCCGCCACGGCCUUUGCUGAUGCGCAUCCCGGGAAGACCUAUCGGCAACCAGAGUCAUGUGGACGUCAUCUCCUCCCUGACCGGGGCACAGCUCAUCUUGCAGCCAUAGAAUGUAUUCUGUCCGGGUUAUGCUUGCCGUCCUGGAGAGGGUGUGUUACGAGAGCGGACUGUAUCAUCGCUCAUGGACAUCUCGCUGAUGCACAGCGCAGGUACCAUUAUUACACGGUGCUCCAUCGACGGAAUACAGCUUUGUAUCAGGUUUUCAGCAUUCGGCAUCGUGUACUGUAGUUUAGGUUAGGUAGGGCCUGACACUUUCUGUGCUCUUGCAUUCUUCCCUGCACUCGUCAUCGUAUCUAGCCAUUAUAGCAUUCACAGUAUCUUAUUGCCACAGGGGCAUCUCUACUAGCAUCUUCGUACGACUGUCGUUUACAUAGCAUACAUACCUCGACGCUCGCUUGCAAUAUAACACCUGUAUA